CUAGCUACUGCGCAGGCGCCUGGCUGAUCGAGGCCGCUCGUCGCUUCGGCAAGAGAAGGACAGAAGCUGACAUGGAGCAGGGGAAGCAUCUGGCUGGCCUCAUCCUGGCUCUCUCUCUUCUCCAAGGUACCACUGCCCAGGUGGAACAAGAACAACAGUCGGUAACACUGGAUGAUAAUCAAGAAGAUGGGUCAGUACUCCUGACUUGUAACUUGAAAGGUGACGGUCUGACAUGGUUUAAAGAUGGGAAGGAAGUAACUGCAAAUGAAGGUACAUGGAACCUGGGAAGUAGCUUGAAGGACCCUCGAGGGACGUAUUGGUGCCGCUAUCUCAACAGAACUUCAAAGCCGCUCCAAGUGUAUUACAGACUGUGUCAGAACUGCAUUGAGCUGAACGCUCCCACCGUGUCUGGCUUUGUCUUCGCCGAAAUCAUCAGCAUUUUCUUCCUGGCCGUUGGGGUGUACGUCAUUGCUGGACAGGAUGCAGUUCGCCAGUCGAGAGCUUCAGACAAGCAGAACCUGUUGUCCAAUGACCAGCUCUACCAGCCCCUCAAGGAUCGAGAAGAUGACCAAUACAGCCACCUCCAAGGAAACCAACUGAAGAAAAAUUGAGCUCAGGACUCAGCAGGUAUUCUCCCUCCUAUCACUUCUCAGAAACAAAGCGAUACACUUGGAGCGCUCCCCGCACAGACGUUCAGCUCGAAAACUGGCCCCGGAGCUCCGACGGGUGACAAAUGGAGAAGAAAACCCAUCCGAGCGAAUCUGGGGUUUUUUUCAGGUUAAAAUAAAAGUAAAGUGAAACUAUGUACGGUGUUUCAGGAGUACCACCUACUAGGAAGCGAUUUUGCUGUAAAAGAAAAAUGAAAAGGUCAAUAGCCUCCUCUAUUUGAACACAAAUUUUUAAGUUUUCAUCUUUAAUUUACUUUUUGUAUCAAUCAUAAUUCCCGUGAGUCAAACAUGCAGUUAAAUGUCUCCCUCUGCGUCCAUCUGCAGCCUCCCAGUUGCCCUCUUCAUAGGCAAACAAUAUACAAGUUUUUAAUAUAUCUCUAUAAGAUCUAUAAUGUAUUCUAUAUCAGAGGUAUUCUAAGCACACGUAAGCAAAUUCUUAAGUACACAUUUUCUCCGUUCUCCUUUCUUCACACAUAGUACCGCACUAUACAUCUUGCCCUUUUUUCCUAAGAACACCUGAGAAUGUUUUAUACCAGCGUAUAAACAAGCCUCUUUUCGAUGCAGCCACGUUGCACAGAUGCAUUAUAACCUGCUUAACCAGCCCUCUACUGAUGGACAUUUAAGUUGGCUCCAAUCCGUUGCUCUUACAAUGAAUGCUGCGAUCACUAACAUUGUAUACACGUCAUUUUAAAAAAUAAUUGUAUUGCCCGGCCGGUGUGGCUCAGUGGUUGAGCGUCCACCCUGCACCCAGAAGUCACCGGUUC